ACGAAUUCCAUUGAGUUUAUCGGUUUUUAUCGAUUAUUUGACAUCCCCAUCAGUUAGAAGAAAAAAUUGUUUGUGAUUGUUUCGGGAUAAUCUUUUAGAAUUUUGCUAAGAAUAGACAGACGAAAUUCCAUAUUCAAAAAAGGAAUAACAGCAUUGUCUGGCUAUAACCGUGCAAAACACAAAAGGUAUGAGCGAUUGGUCAAAAUCACAUAAAAACGCAAAUAACGCAAGAGUCGAGAAAAUGACGGAAGACGCAUCAAAGUUUCUGGGUGGUAUCCUCGGUGAUAUAAGCUCACGAUCAGCGUACACGCAAAUAGCUAUUGGUGCUACCUCAGGAUGGUUUACUGGUUUUGCAACAAUGAAAGUUGGCAAAUUUGCAGCUUUUGCUAUUGGAGGUGGUAUUAUUUUAAUGGAAAUUGCCCAUCAAGAAGGUUUUAUUGAAAUCGAUUGGUCGAAAAUCACAGGAAAACUUGAUAAAGUCACUGACAAAGUUGAAACGGCCGUAACAGGCCAAGAAAAGAAUUGGAUUGAAAAGACUGAACGUUUUGUUGAUCGUAAACUUGAUCGUGCAGAGAACUUAUUAAAGUCAAAAACAAAGAAAGCCAAGAAAUGGUAUAGCAAACUCAUUGGCGAUGAAAAUGGACCGAAAGUAAACGAUCUUCACAUUUUCUUAACGGCCUUUGUCGGCGGAAUUGCAUUAGGCGUAGCUUCGGCUUAAUAUUAAAUCUCAAUCUUAAUCUAAUACGACACUCGUAUGUUAUCCUUAACAGCAUCUAGCAUCUCAUUAAUCACAUACAUACCUAUUAAUUUUACUUAAUUUAACUGAGUUUGAUUAUUAAAGCGAAUAUGAUGUAAUUGAUAUCACAAUAGUGCUUGAAUAAAAAAGGCGUUGAAUAUUCAAUUAAAAAGAAUAUAUGUAUACCUCAAAAACUUCGAAUUCAAUCGUGAGUUAUUGAUGUAAUCGAUAUGUGUAAAAAGAAUUUCGAUGACUUAAAUACAUGUAUUUUAAAGUAUA